AACGUCACACAAAUGGCGGACGUUGUAAACACAGCCAACAGUUUGACCGGUUGGACAGCUUGGAGGGGUGGGUGGCAGUUAAAAGUAACAUAUUUGAAGAGGAGGAGCCCUUUAAAUUGGGUUUUAUCGUCCAAUGGAACGCUAUCGAGUCGAAGUUCGCAGUCACCUGCCACAAUCGGACGUUACAGCGGCAGAAACGUAAGGGUGAGGUCCCCGCCGGUGGUCAACCUCAGAUGAGCUGGGCAGGAUUGUUCUCCGUGAACGACCUGAAACACGUCCACCAACAGUUCACAUGCGUGGCGGACGUCCUGGGCGGCUGCUUCCCGGAUUUGUCCGACUUUGGGGAAAGUAACAUUUGGGACUUGCUGCUGUCGAAUCGGAAAUCCCAUGACGACCAGAGAGACUUUGACACGCCGUGCAGGAAACUGGAAAAAUACUUCAGCACAGCCAUUGACCUUUGCGGGAGAAAGAUCGUUCUGGAAACUUUGUUCACCCAGAAUGAGAGGGAUGUGGAUGAGUACUUUGAAAAUCUACAGGAGUUCAAAAAGAAGACCAUGCAGGAGGAGAUGUCAAGGGCCAAGGGUCAUCUGAAGGAGCUGCUGCAGAGUCACAGCAACUCUAAUGGGAUGGUGGCACUGCUGAGCAUCUAUGAGAAGGAAGAUGAGGCCUAUCAGGACCUGGUUACUGUUGCCACUAGCUUCUUCCAGUACCUGUUGCAGCCCUUUAGAGACAUGAGAGAACUGGCCUGCCUUUACAAGAUGGAGAUUCUUAAGUCCUUGGAGUUUGAGGACUUGGGUCCCAAGAGGAUUGCAGCUCUGGAGAAGGAGGCGGAGGAGUGGAGGAUGAAAGCAGAAGAUGCAGUCGCCUCCAUUCAGGACAUCACUGUCAACUACUUUGCACAGACUUCAAAGGCCCUGGCUGGCAUGGUAAAACAGAUGGAGGAGGAUAAGAGGCGCUUUGGACCCGCUGCCUGGGCGUCUGCAGCCCCCAGACUGGAGAAGCUGCGCUUCCUUUUAGCUAAGGAAACCUUGCAGCACAUGCGAGCGGCAGAGAUGUGCCUCAGCCGCAAGAAGGACUCCAUCAAAGAGCGGCUGGAGAACUUGUCAGGGAGAGUCCAGAACCGGAGAGCUGAGCUGGAGUCGGCGUUUGAGGACGGUCAGAACCGCGACACAGUGGACCAGCUUGAACUGCAGUUCUAUGAAACCCAGCUGGAACUUUAUGAUGCCAAGUUUGAGAUCCUGAAGAACGAGGAGCAGCUGCUGGUGGCUCAGAUAGACACCCUGCGUCGACAAAUUAAAGAGCUGAAGGAGGAGGUGGUGUACUACGAUGUGUGUGAGGAUCCAGAGGAGCUGCACAGCAUGGUCCACACAGCCUUUCAACAGGCCGAACCGCCACUAAUGCGUCAGCUCAAACGACGCCUGCAGACCCUGGAGACCAAGAGGGGCAACAUCUGUGCUCGGCGGGCUUACCUGAGGAACAAAAAGGAUCAGUGCAUGGACGCCCAGGAGCAGAAGCAGCAGGCGGCCAAGCACAGCUCGAUAGUCUUCAACCAGCAUCAUCAGGUCCACCUGAAACGGGAAAAGAGGAAAGAGGAGGAGCAGAGGAGGAAGGAGUGGGUGGACCAGGAGCGAGAGAAGACCCUGAGCAGAUUACGAUCCUUCAGAGAGAAGCGACAGGGACAGUACAUCCUGAAGACGCCUCAGUCCAGGAAGUCUCCCUCAGACGUCUCCUGUCCCUCCCAGCCGUUGUCCAUCAUCAGCCUGUCUCCGUCUGCCUCUCCUGACGAGCCGUCCUCCAUCCGCCCGUCUCCUAGACGCAGCAAAACACCCCAAAAGCAGCAGCCUAAAGAGAUCCCUGUUCAGAUCUUCUCUGCACCGCCUCCUCCAACAUUAACCUGCCCCACUGCGCCGCCACCGCCACCUCCACCUCCACCACCGCUUCCACCACCGCCUCCUGCCAUGCCACCUCCGCGUGUCCGAGCUGCACCUUCCCCUCAGGACACGCCGAUGCCUCUCAGCGAAAAAGAGGAGCCUCCUUUUCCAGCCAAGAACACGCUCAAGCAAAACAUAGGAACUAUGGAUGAAGUGUUGGCCUCGCUCCAACGCGGACAGAUUAAACUGCGAAAAGUUCCCGAUGCUACGAACAACUCUGGGUUAGACGCGAGGAGCAGCCUGAUGUCCGCCAUCCGAGAGGGAAUCAAACUGAAGAAGGUGGUUCCCACGCGAGAGGACGUCCCGAGCGGCGCGGACAACGAGCUGGAGCGCAGCAUCAAAGCCGCCAUGAUGAGAAUGAAGAAGGUGGCGGCCGACUCGGACGACUCGGACCGAGGCGACGACGACGACUCGCAGAGCGCCGACUGGGACAGCUGAGAACACAAACCUGCAGAUGAAGCCGUCUGACACAAACCUGCCCCCUAAAUCCCCUCCUUCACGGCUGUGAGCCGAAGCUCGUGCUACGGCCAGAUUUAACUAAAAACACGCUGCUGCUGCUGCUGCUGCUGCUUCUUCUGACGAGGACAGGAUUACGCCUCCUCCGAUUUAAACGCUUUAGUUUGUUGGAGCUGUCGCACACUAAUCCCAUUGGUCCUCCUAAAGCAGCACCGAGAUGUAAGAGAUCCAAAAAGGCUCCGAUCCAGCUAAGUAGUAAGUGACAGAAUCGGGAUUUAAUCUUCUCUGAAACCUUUUUUUUUUCUAGUUCUAGGAGGAUUCUUAAAGUGAAUGGCUAAAUGGGAUGUUCUGCAUUGUAAAGGAAAUGCGGUCGGCGGCACUGAAGCGCAGCUUGUGAAUGAUUGAAAUUUACACAGCCGUCUGCCUGAAGGCCUGUAGUGAAGCUGCUGCUCAGCAGGAAGAAACUAGUUCCUCUGUCAUAUUUCUGAAUCUUAACUCAGUAUCUUGAAUGUAAUAAACCAGUGAUUCUUGAGAAGAGGGACAAAAUAAAGUAUACACAAAAUAUAAUUUUUUCAAGUAUUUGACUAAACUAACCUGGGCCAUGUGACCACAACAAUGUAUGUUUUCUUGGUGUUUGGUGAAUAUUUUUAAUUUUAAACAUUGUAGUAUGUGGAUGGUGUCUUUAAAAUUCCUUGUCCUGGAGCAGAACUCAAUACAUUAUAAUAGUUUAAAACAAAUAAAGGAAUACUAAGAUAAUAUACUAUGACAAUUAAGUAUAAGUAUUCAAAUAAAUAAUUAUAAAAGUAUCAAUAAAUGUAAUUAAAAUCAUUUUUAUAUAUUUUACAACUCCACUGAAUUUUCUCCCAAGCUUUUGUCAACACCGUCAGACAUAAAAAAAUAAUGUAUAAAAAAAAUAAAAAAUCAGGCAUCUUGGUGGGCAUAUUCUGAGGACCCCAUGACGUAUUCUUUUCUCUUCCUUUGCUAAGAGGGCUAGGUAGCUCUUGUUAGCUUGUUAUUCUUUAGUUUUUUCUUCAAUUUUAUUCCUAAGUUGUUCGUCACAACUAUGAUGUGUCGACACCAUAACUGACACUUGACGAAAUUUUGUGAAAUAAAUGUUUAAUUUUAGUAUAGCCUACUGUAAAGAUUUCAUGGACCCGAUGAGCUACAAUAUGGCCUCCAUCAGAAUAACAUCAGUCUGACUCUUUCAGUGAUAGUGUUGAUAAAUCUCACUUAAAUGUGCAGUUAAUUCAUUUUAAUGUAUUUCACAUAAAUUACAUUGCUUCAUAUGUAUCAAGUAUUUCUUUUUAAUCACUAGUUUGUCACCACCAUCAGUUCUGUCAACUCUGUCAGAUUGACUUUAUGUUGUUUUUUAUUUUAAAUUUAAAUUGUUUCUUUUGUUUCUUGAGAAGCAUUUAUCUGUAAAACUGAGUAAAAAUAUCACUAAUAGGGUCAUUAAAAUUUUUUUAUAUAUAUAUUUAUUUUUUGUCAGAUGGUGUUGACAAAGUUCUAGGUCGGGUCCAUUAAAAAUGUAAUUUUCAAAUAAAUGUUGCGACUGGGAGCCUGCACCGUGGCAUCUUUACAUUUCCAAAGCAUUAUUUGUCAUAUAUGAAUACAUAAGCUUGAGGAAUAACAAAAAAAAAAAUUGGUGGGAAACUUUAAACCCAUCCCCGCCUCUCGCCCGGAACGCAGCUGGAGAUUGGCACCAGCAACCCUCCCGACCCCACUAAGGGACAAGGGUGAACAGAAAAUGGAUGGAUGGAUGGAAUUUAAACCCAUUUUGUCCCUCUUCUCAAAAAUCACUACGCGUUUCCUCAGAUGUAAUCCAGCCACUGUAUUCCAGAGCAUUUACUGUAAGCUAUGAAGAGCAGUGGUGUGUAAAGCCUUCAGCAUUGUUUGUACUACCAGCUGCCGUCUCCAAGUAAUCAGCUAAUUCUUCCUUCACCAUCCCAUACGUAAAGAGAUCAAUUGGGAAUGCAGGAUACCUUUUUGUUUUUUUUUUUGGUUUUUUUAAUAUGUGCAAUAACGACCCAUCUCAUCAUCUAAGCCUUGGUUUGAAUUGAUUUCUGACAAACAGCAUUAAAGGGUUCAGAGUAAAUAAAACGUCUGUUCAGUGGCUGCACUGGAAACACAUGUGUACUGUUUUAUGAAAAAUAAACCCAGAUAUGAAACC